UCACCUUCGACCAUUUUGAAAUUUUGCGAGCUAUCGGGAAGGGCAGCUUUGGAAAAGUCUGCGUUGUGCAAAAGAACGACACCAAGAAGAUGUAUGCCAUGAAAUACAUGAAUAAACAGAAGUGCGUGGAGCGCAAUGAAGUGAGGAAUGUUUUCAAGGAGCUGCAGAUUAUGCAGGGCCUGGAACAUCCCUUCUUAGUUAAUUUAUGGUAUUCAUUCCAGGAUGAAGAAGAUAUGUUUAUGGUUGUGGACCUGCUGCUUGGAGGGGACCUGCGUUACCAUCUCCAACAGAACGUGCGGUUCCAGGAAGGCACCGUAAAACUCUUCAUCUGUGAGCUGGUGCUGGCCCUCGACUACCUCCAGAGCAGGCACAUCAUCCACAGAGACAUCAAACCUGACAACAUUUUGCUGGAUGAGCAUGGCCACGUGCACAUCACCGAUUUCAAUAUCGCCACGAUGCUGACCAAGGAAGUACAAGUCACCACCAUCGCUGGCACGAAGCCGUAUAUGGCACCGGAAAUGUUUAACUCCACAAAACCCACUGGCUAUUCCUUCGCUGUGGACUGGUGGUCAUUGGGAAUCACUGCCUACGAGCUGCUCAGGACGCGGAGGCCGUAUCACAUUCGCUCCAACACGUCCACAAACGAAAUCGCCCACAUGUUCAAGACGGCCACAGUGAUGUACCCGGCUGCCUGGUCCGCGGAGAUGGUGUCGCUGAUCAGAAAGUUGCUUGAGCCGAACCCCGAGAAGCGUUUUUCUCAGCUGAAGGAUAUCCAGGACUUUCCGUAUCUGUCAGACGUGAACUGGGAUGCUGUUCUCCAGAAAAGGAUAAUGCCGGAAUUCAUUCCUACGAAAGGCAGACUGAACUGUGACCCAACCUUUGAACUGGAAGAAAUGAUUCUAGAAUCCAAACCUCUUCACAAGAAAAAAAAGCGCUUGGCCAAGAAGGAGAAAGACAGCAGCAAAAGCAGUUCCUCCCAGGCCUGCCAUCUCCAAAAGCACCUAGAGAUGCUCCAGAGGGACUUCAUUGUUUUCAACAGAGAAAAGGUGAGGCACCAUCAUGACACCCAGGAGACCAUAACGCUGGCAAAAAGCAGAGGCGCAUACAAGGAGGACAACCAGAACAACAACCCCUGA